AUGGUUUUGCUUAUUGUGACAAUCACAGUGGGCAAUGUGGUGAGUCUGAUUGUCUUUCUGAGGACCAAGCAACUCAGGACAUCUCAGGGCUUCCUGAAGACCUCUUUAGCAUUUGCAGAUUUGGCAGUUGGACUACUGGUUGUGCCUUAUUCUGUCUACAUGGAGAUUACCCAUACCAUACAUGGGCUGGGAAAGGUUGAAGAAACCGUUUCCUCCAAUUUCAGCUCCCACGUCCCUUGUUUUAUUAUGGGACCUAUAUUUGCCGGCUGCACCUUUGUCUCAAUAUCUACUAUCUUCUUGCUGUCAGUCGAAAGGAGCAUUGCUGUACUGAAACCUCUCCACAAGCGGAUUGUGAUUACUAGGAAAAGGAUAGGGUGUCUUAUUGUGUUCUCCUGGGUCUUCAGCUUUAUGUUAGCUAUGGUACCCAUGCUUUUUAGUCGAAACAUAACUCUGGAGUACAAUUCAUGUAGUAAGAUGUGCACCUAUGCAUUCACUGCUAUGGAGCCUCAGGACCCUGCCUGGAAAAUUAUGCUCAUCUUCCCAGCCUUUGACUUUUCCCUUCUGAGUGGCACAUUUGCAAUAAACUUUAUCACCUUUGCAUCCAUCAGGCAGUACUGCAAGGUUAGGAAACAGUUGGAAGUAGAUGCCCAAAGCAACUGCAGCAAAGUGUCAUUCUCAGACAUUACAGCAGCCAAGACCAUUGGAAUCCUCACCUUUGCCUUCUCUGCUUCCUUCAGUCCCAUUGCAGUCUUUGUUGUAGGCAAUGUUUUGGGGUAUGUGUGGUGCGAGUUUUCUUUCUAUGCAUUCUGGAUACUCACAUCCAAUAGCUGCUGGAAUGUUGUUAUCUACAGUGUCAGGGACUUAAAAUUCAGGCAAGGGGUCCGGGAGCUGUUCAGUAAACAAGCGCAAAAGUCCCCAAGCCUGCAGCAGCAGAUACCCCAGUGCACUAUUAAAGAGGAUUGUUCUUCUCCAUGUGUUGCUGUCAUCAAAGAGGUUUUCUGGCCAGAAACUGCCUGA